AUGACCUCGAACGGGGCGGAUGAGGUCGCUGGCCUGCCCGAGGAGGCCGAUGGCCUGCCCGACGAGGUCGAUGGCCUGCCCGAGGAGGCCGAUUGCCUGCCCGACGAGGCCGAUUGCCUGCCCGACGAGGUCGAUGGCCUUCCCGAGAAGCUCCGGUUCGACUGUCGAGACGGUUUCUGCUUAGUCGUCUCCAUCGUGAUGUAUUUGCUCGACGUCGGGGGUGACGCGUGGCUCGCGUACCGGUUUUUCGUCUCGGGGCAUCACUUGUUCUUCGCCAUGACGAUCGGGGUCGUCGUCUUCGGUUCGCUCGUCCUCACCGUUCUCAGCUGGGAGUGGUACAAAGACGACGACGAAACGGAGCUCGCGUCUCGGAGGGACCGGUGCCUAAGGACCGUCUUCCUCCUCCUCCAGCUGGCUCCGGUCCUCAGGUACGGCCACGCCCUCGAAUACGGAUUCGAGUUUCGAGCCUACCUGCGGAAGCGGGGCCUGGGGAAGUCGGUGAGGGAGGCGGACGCGGAGGCGAACGAGAGGGAGGCGUUCGAGCGGAUGCUGCGGCAGGAGGCAGACGCCAGGCUCCUCUGCCUGGUGGAGAGAUUCGUGGAUGCGGGGCCGCAGGUGCUCCUCCAGUUUUACAUUCUCGUCAGACAUGGGUCCACCUACGCGGCCGAAAACCCGCUCAUGGUUGCCGUCCAGGUCGGAUCGAUCGUGCUGCCGUUGGUGAGUAUGUCGUGGGCAAUGUCUGCUUACAGUCGCUCCGCCCGAUUCGCCCACUCGGCUAAGCAGAAUUUAUCUCGGAGCGGAACUCUCGUUCACUUCUUCUGGCACCUUUUCGUCCCGACCGCCCGAGUCCUCGCCUUGGGCCUGUUCGCCUCGGCCUUCCGAGUGUGGGUGUUCGUGGUCGUCGUCGUGCACGUGGGCGUCAGUUGGGUGUGGGUGGCCUUCGUCGUGAACACGACCGUGUGCUUCCGCCGCGUCGCGGUCUUCGACUGGCGGUUGGUCUUCCCGUACUACAAGGAGGCGUCCUUCGACCUCCUCGUCGCGCUCGUCUACUUGUUCCAGUACCUGAACGUGAAGGACGAGCCGACGCGGCGGAGGUACGCGGCGUUCUACGCCCUCGCGUUCGCGGAGAACGCGAUGCUGGUCGCGAUGUGGUUCGCGAGCGUCCUCCACGCCCGGCCGUGGUACGCGGUACCGGCCUUCCUGGGGCAUUUCCUCGCCUUCGCCCUCGGCAUCGUCUUCAUGCUCGCUUACUAUCUCUACUUCCAUCCCGGCGACGAGAAGAUCGGUUCCGGCGAAGAAGCCGGGUCGCAACUCUUGCGGAAUGAAGAGAAAGUCACCGGUCCCAAGACGUCGUUCCGCGACGGAGAGUUCGGAGACCCCUGCGAGCGAGACGACGACUGCCGUCGGUACCUCGGCUUCGCCUGCGACCGGGCCGUCUUCAAGUGCGGCUGCGAGGAAGGAUACUUCUUGCAGGUCGACUUCGACAUCGUCAUGUGCGCACCGAACGUGCCGGAAGAGGGAGGAGACUUGGACGAGGAAGAGGAAGAGUUCGGGAACGUGGGAGGGAUCGGGGAUGGUUGCACGGAGAACUCAGACUGCAAGGGAGCGGAGCAUCUCGCGUGCAACGAGGACCUUUUCCAGUGCGAAUGCGCCGAGGGUUACGUGAUGGACGAGGACAUGCUGGCAUGCGUGGCCGAGAGUCCAGCGGAGCCGGAGGCCGUUUACGUCAAGUUGGUCGCAACGAAAAUGUCCGCCUCCAAGAAGACGCAGCAAGUUUCGCUCGAGCAGACGAUCAUGACCUGGUCGUCGGGACCCUCUCUGGUCGGGGAAGAAAAUGCGUUGUUGCCGGGGGGACAAAUCCCUGAAGAGUGGCAACUGCAGCAGAUUUUGAUGCGGCGAUGAACGAGUGGAAUCUGAACUGCGAUCAUCGGUCCAUUGGUCUUUCGCCUUACAACAUCCAACUUUCAUUUUCCUAUACCUUAAUUAUUCUGAUGAACGAGAAUAUAUAUUUUGAUCACGAAGCAA